CGGACCAUGUGAUCCGCACGGCCCAGGUCGCGAUCGCGGCGGCGGCUGCAGCUGCAGCAGCUGAGGCAGCUGAACUGAUUCGGAGCGAGAGACCCGGUCCUGGCUCGGGGUUCAGACCCAGCUGAACUGAUUCGAAGCGGACGCGGUCCUGGCUCCGGCCCCGCGCACUCACCAUGGCGAUGCAUUUCAUCUUCUCAGAUACAGCGGUGCUUCUGUUUGAUUUCUGGAGUGUCCACAGUCCUGCUGACUUUUUUUGCAUACUUACAUAUAAAUAGGACCUUGCAGUACUCAGCCCUUAACAAGAAGUCACGACAGAUUUGUGCAGCCUGAAGGGGGAGUGGCUGGGGUGAUGGCACAAGGCUUCUUCCCCCUCAGCCCCUGGCUUUUUCAGGCAGCUUCUCUUCCUGACCUCAGAGCCACACUCCAGUAGGCCAAUCCUACUAAGAAAGGUCUGGUGAAGAUGAAGAUAGUAAAGAAGUUUGGAGCUCAGCAAGGGUGGGGAAGAAGAUGCAAGAGAAAGAUGGAUGGAGUGGAUUCCAUGGACCGGGUGGAGGUGCUGAAAGGGAAACAGUGCCGGCCCGGCCAAGUCUCCACAACUCUGCCUCCUUUGACAGGCAUGGCCCUUUCGGUGUUGGUUGUCCUGCUUCUGGCUGUACUAUAUGAAGGCAUCAAGGUUGGCAAAGCCAAGCUGCUCCACCAGGUGCUGGUGAAUCUGCCCACCUCCAUCAGCCAGCAGGCUAUCGCAGAGACAGAUGGGGAGUCUGCAGGCUCAGAUUCAUCCCCUGUCAGCAGAACCCACCACAGGUGGUAUUUGUAUCACUUUGGCCAGUCUCUAAUCCAUGUCAUCCAGGUGGUCAUCGGCUACUUCAUCAUGCUGGCCGUAAUGUCCUACAAUACCUGGAUUUUCCUUGGUGUGGUUCUGGGCUCUGCUGUGGGCUACUACCUAGCUUACCCACUUCUCAGCAUGGCUUAGCUGACCCUGGAAAUAUUGAGCUGAAGCCAGCACUUGCUCCCUGGAGUUCGGACGCCAUUGCAACAACCUUCUUCUCAGCCAGUCUGCAUAGGGCCCAGGCCUGGUCUUGUGUCUUAAGACGGCUGCUGUGACCAAAGGGAGAAUGGCGAGACCAGGGGUGGCAGGGUGGCUGAGCCCAGGACAAUGCAUUUCUGACUCAAACCAGGAAUUUCCAAAGAUUUCAAGGCAGGGAGAAGGGUUCUUGGUGAUAUAGGGCAUGGAACCUGGACACCCUCAGCUCUCCUGCUUUGUGCCUUAUCUACUGGAGCGUCAUCCAUUGGACUCCCUGACCUCUUUUCUCACCUUUCUGCCUUUGGAAUACAUGAAGAUCAUCUCCUGUGGGUCAUGAUGACAAACUAAGAUUUUUUAUUUUUUCCAUUAAACUCCUAGUUGGCAAUUUUGCACAUUCAUAUAAAAAAAUUUUAAUGAAAUGAUUUCAUUUUAUUCAUGAUGGAUGGCAGCAACUGCUGAGACCUAUUUCCCUUUCUUGCGGGGAGAGUAAGUGACAGCUGAUUAAAGGCAGAAACACAGGACUGCUUUCAGGCUCCUGGUUAAUUCUCUGAUAGACUGAGCUCCUUCUACCAGAAGGCACUGCCUGCAGGAAGAAUCAUCUGAUGGCCUUGGCUGUCUGGAGAAUUCUUCAUGGCCUUAAUGCCCUCCUUUAUCCUCAUCUUUCUUCUAUGCAGAACAAAAAACUGCAUUUAAUAAUGUUCAAUACUUAAUGUUCUCUAUUUAUACUUACUGCUUACUCGUAAUGAUCUGGUGGGAAACAUGAUUCAUUCACUUAAAAUACUGAUUAAGCCAUGGCAGGGUACUGACUGAAGAUGCAAUCCAACCAAAGCCAUUACAGUUUUCAAGUUAGAUGGGACUCUCUGGAUAGUUGAACCUCUUCGCUUUAUAAAAAAGAGAGAAAUCACUGCUGUAUACUAUACCUCACAGACUAGAUGAAAAGAUGUUUGUAAGCUUUGGGAAUUAAAAACAAAUACAUUUUAGUAAAUAUAUAUUUUUAAAUAGUC